AUGUUCUACAUUGCCGUUUUAGUCACGACCAAAACAGAAAAUCAAUUCGACGAUCUAUCUACUUAUGAAGAUGAUAAAGAGAGUGUAACUGAUACAUCAAGAGAAAAUUCCAUGCUGAUGCAGUCACAAACGUCGCAAGAUUCUUUAGAAACACUAGAUGACAAAAAUAUUCCAAGUGACUUAUUAGAAGAUGAAAAUGCUUCUCCAGAAGGAAACGUCAAAGAAGACAUGAAUGGCUACAAAGAAAAAUUAGGGGAAGAGACAAUGGGACAAAAGGAAAAAGAAAAAUCACUAGCUUCCAUCAAUUCUCGAGCUAAUAAUAAAAAUAUCUACAGUGAAGUUGAUCAAUCUAGAAAAAAUAGGCGUAAACCUUUUAACAGAAAAUUUGGUCACAAAACAAGAAAACUGCGACAAGGAUCUAUAAACCCAGUUGGUGUUACAGCUCCCAAUAUAUAUUGCAGUAUAUAUUUAAAGCAAACACAUCAGCUUCUGGUUGAAGGGCAGGAGAAAAUAAAGAAUUUAUCGACCUUUAUUUAUAGAAAGCCUUUACCACAAAAAUAUGACAAAUUUUUGUUUUCAUUGCAUGCAAACAUUUCAGCCAUUUUCUAUUUUGUCCAUUUAGGUGUGGCCAAUCCUAGCAUCAUCAAAGCUUCAGCGUUUGCAUCUAGUUCACAUCAGUACUCCAUACGGGGACCUGUGUUCCAGGCAUCUAAUGCGAGACUGAAUCACAGAGAAAAACUGAACGUGACUGCAGGAGCGUGGUGCGCGAAUAUAUAUGUUUCCGGAAUACAUUGGAUAAGUGUCGACCUCGGACAAAUCUACACUGUAAAUAAAAUUGCUGUUCAAAGUCGAGACAGUGCAAUUGCGUUCAUCCGAAAUUUUAAACUCAAGUAUAGCAUCAACCAGUACGAUUUUCAAUAUUAUAAAUUGCACGGAAAUGUUAAGAUUUUCUCUGGUAACAGAAGAGUCAACCAGGUUGUUUACCGAAAAUUCGAACACGCCAUCCAAGCACGUGUCAUACGACUUGAAGUUGUCAAAUAUUACGGCAGACCUUGUUUACGAUUCGAGUUAUACGGUUGUAUUAACACUAGUUUGACCACCACCCCUACGGAGAGCGGCCCUACAACAGUGACAGGUGGUGUUAAACGUUCUACACAAACGACUAAAGGUAUUCUUGUUUGUUAUGUUCGUCUGUUUGUUUGUUUGUCGGCUAGAAACGUCUACUGAGCCGUCGCAAAAAUAGAAAUCAAAUAUACAACGGAAAUUUCUGCCAACCAAUCUAAAUGCUCAAAAUUAUUCCGCUUAGCGGAAAAAAGGCGUUAGAUCUUGUCUACAAUUUAGGAUGAGAGGAGAAAACAGUGUAAGCAUAGCU